AUGGCGAAUCCCCCCGGUGCUCCUGGUCCGGCUCCAGGAUCCGGACAGAGCUCGAAUUCCGGGCUUCCCUACCUGAAUUCCCCAUUUGGUGACACAACGUACACGAAGGUCUUCGUUGGUGGCUUGGCGUGGGAGACCCAGAGUGAGACGUUGCGCCGCCACUUUGAGCAGUACGGGGACAUCCUCGAGGCCGUGGUAAUCACCGAUAAGAACACCAGGAGAUCGAAGGGCUAUGGCUUUGUGAGUAUCUACUGUCAUCGUCCUCGAUUCACCGCGAUUAAUGCAAAGGAGAUCUUCCUUCUCCCCAACUCAGAGAUGUAAUCCUCGGGCGAUGGCUUGCUUUGGAGGUUACAGGUGACUUUCCGUGAUCCUGAGUCUGCAGCGAGAGCCUGCGCCGAUCCAAGCCCUACCAUAGAUGGUAGACGGGCGAAUUGCAACCUGGCUUCUCUUGGGCGCCCCCGGCACCCUCCGACGCAGGGUAUGCCAUCUUUUCCCUAACCUUGCUUACAUGGGUCUUCUUUUGCCCAUUUUCUCUGGCUCAAGCUCGUCGUAUUAUAUUCAUCACAGCUCUCGGAAGUAAGUGAUCCUUUUUGGUUUUCCCUCGACGUGUUUACACAUCUACAUGAUCAAAUCCAGGUGUUUUCUGGCUUUUGCUUGAUUUUGUGGGCAUACCUCAUCAUUUGGUCCUUUACUUGUAUGGCGUUAAUGGGGGAAUCAAUUGGGGAUGAUGAUUGCAGUUUAUGUGCUUAGAAUUUGAAUGGAUAUUGCCUAAAAUCCUAGACCCAAUUCUAGAAACGAGGACCCUUUUGAAAAAAAUUAUUCUCAGGUGCUUCCUAUAAUUUAAUAUUUACACAUUAUUUUAAAUUUAACUGAGAUUUAAUCUGUUUUGAUGCGUUAUAACUGUCUCAUCUUUGCGGAGCUGCAAAUCUUCCCAAGGCUCCACAAUUUCAUCUGUCAUUUUCUCCUCUAAUCCAUACUAUUCGUUUCCUCAAUUUUUUUCUGGAAAUUGAAUAUUUUAAAGCAAUAAAAUAAAGCGAAUGAUACCUUUUAUUCUUCUCUAUCUGAUCUCCCGAAUGGCAGUAUGUCCUAGAAGAAUAAGUGAUUGUAAGAUUCAUCCAGUCAUGUAUAUAUGACUAAUUUCCAAACACUAAACAGAGCCAUCUCUAUAACUUAUGGCGAUCAUAAGAAGUUCUUGGGAAGAUUACAGAAACAACUUUUUUCUCUCUCUGUAAAGAAUUCUUUGAAAAAUACUGGAUGACUCAAUAUGUGUUAUGAAUUUUUUUGAGGGCAUAUCGAGAGAGAAGUUCCGCUUCAGGAUUUCCUGAAUUGACAAAACACUUUUUGGAGGUUUUUAUUAAUCUCUAACUCAUCUAACUAUAAAUAAACAACUUUUCUCGUGAAGGCUCUGGUGAAAUAGAUAUCUUGGCGCAUCUCUGAAGUGCUCACUGCAUGCUUGGUCCGAAAUUAAAAUGCACCUAUGGCAACACCGACGGCUUUCUUUAAGGGGCAUGAUUUGUAUUUAGAAAGCAAAAAAGUUUGAAUCUGAUACCUUUCAUCCUUCUCUGCAUGAAAUAUUUUUAAGUAUCUUUGUGGUAUAUAUUUUAUUGCUGUGAUGGUGUGUUGUCUUUCCAUUUAUGCUGUUUUACCCUUUUUAGCACGCCCAGGUACAGCGGGCCCAUACAUUGGAGGUGUGCCAGUUCCACAUGGGGCUUAUGUGGGAAGCUCUGGUUAUCAACAUCUGCUGCCUUACGGCUACAACCAACAAGGUUUUCCCUAUCUACCAUACGGGUGAGUUUGUCAGAAUGCUGCUUCUUAGUCAUGCUGUCUGGAUGGAUAUCUGGAUUCAAGUAAGCUGGGGUUAUAUCAGUUGACAUCUCUUAACAAAAGACAAAAAAAGGAAAGGAAAGAAGAAGGAAGAGGCUCUACAACAAGGGAGUUUAGGUUGAUAUGUGCAUUUGUGGAACAUUAGUGGCCGUAAAGGUGGGUGAGCAGGGAUAAUCAGAGUUUUGUUAGGCUUCGUCGUUGUUUUUUUAUAUAUAUAUUAUUAUUAUUAUUAUUAUUAUUAUCAUUUUAUAUGGAGUAAGAAAGAUAAAUGUAGGAAAAUUAUAGCUCCGAAAUCAUAAACGUUAUUUUCUUUCUUGGAUGUGAGGCUUAGUUUGGUGGAAUGUGAAGGAGAGAGGGGUUACUCAUUAAUGUCUCUUCACAAGUUACCCAACACUGCAGAGUAAGCAUCUGGCAUACAUCUAGAAAAAUGUCGAAAAGAAGCAGUCAAUAUUUCUUAUAAAUUAAUAUUAUUUUCGCCCUCUGCAUUUCUGGUUUUUGUUACCAAAAUAAAAAUUUGAAUAAACAUUGGAUAUGAGAAUCCUCUUUAAAAAAAUGUGCCACUAUCCUUAUGCAGGUAUGCAGCAUAUGGAUCCGAGUAUGCCUCGUAUCCUCAGGUUAUGUUAUCCUGUCAAGAAAAAAUAUUCUCCUCUGGAGAUUUAUGAUCAGUAUAGUAUGUGCUCAUAUCUACUUGCUUUAUGUCAUUUCUUUCAGAUGUACAAUCCAUACACGGGGCAGCAGUUCGUUCAGGUAUAUGGUGUUCCUGCACCUGUGAAUAGCAUGGCCUACCCAUUGGGGCAACCUGGUCAACCUGGUCAACCUGGUCAACCACUUCCUGGUGGGCCAGGCUAUAUGGCAUUCCAAAACUAUCAAGUGCCAAAUCAGACCCUGCUGCAAUUCGGCGCACCAAAUGUCAAUGGAGUAGCUCCUGGAGGCCUCUCUUCUGUCCAAUCUUCAUUUCCUCCAGGUACCUUCUUUGGUAUCAAACUUUAUAGUACUUACAUGAAGAGGACAUCUCGUCGUUUGCCCACUUUCCAUUCUUGGGUAUGUCUGUGAAUUGUCCAGGGCAUUGUUCUUGGGAGAUAAAUCAAAAUCAUGACGAUAUUUCUCACAUAUAAUACAUUUAAAUGGUAUCUUACUCUCUUUCUGGCAACAAAAAUGGAGUUUAAUCUUGGAAGUUUCGACGUCUAAUAUCCAGGAGCAGCACAAUUUCCUCAAUCGCACCUUGUAGUGACAGUUCCUUCACCACAGUUCUCACAGGGAAAUGGCUCAGACCAGACGGCAGGUUGA